AUGGUGGGCACGAGGAGAGCGAAGAAAAAAGUGGAAACCUAUCAAAUAUGCGUGACGAUAAUCGAGGCCAAGCACAUAGAGCCCAACACGAACGUGAUGGUUGCCGUACGGGUCGGCAAUCGGAAGAAGAAAACGGCGAUCCGUAAAACGGCGGACAACACCUACUUUCGAGAGUACUUUGUGUUCGAUUUGACGUGCGACCUGGACACGCUGCUCAGCACGAGGAUAGCGAUAACCGCCUACCUGUACGGUGGCCUCAUCAAACGCUGCAAGUUCCACGGUAGCUUCGACUUUGAGGUCGCCAGCGUUUGGGACCAAUCCGAUCACUUGUAUCAUCACAAAUGGGCGAUGCUGACGAACCCGCGGGACCCCGCGUCCGGACCCAGGGGCUACGUCAAGUGCAACUUGGCUGUGCACGCCAAGGGAGAGAAACUCAAGACGCUACCCGAGACCGACGAGGAAGAUGACAUCGAGGGGAAUUUGCUGCUGCCUUUCGGCGACGCCCGGCACUUUGCGGCCAGACUGCGGGUCCGCUACGUGUUCACGGUCCACCGGGCCGAGGCUCUGCCCGAAAGGAUUCUCGCCACCGCGAAGCAGGCUUGCCAAGUGCAGGUGGCUUUUGCAGGGAUGAAGGCAUCGACGAGCGACGGCUACGGCAACAAUCUGCGCUUCGACGAACGCAUCGUGUUCAAAGAGAUGUUCCCGCCGCUGUCCCAUCGCGUCAAAAUCGCGGUCAAGAAAAAAAGCCACGUAAUCGCCUCUUAUUUCCUGAACCUCAAGGACAUCUCGAACUCCGGGGAGUACGGUUUCCUUCCCACGUUCGGCCCAUCCUUCCUCCACCUGUACAUCGACGGGCACGAGGUCCCGACCGAGCCGAUCUACCGCGGCAGGCUGCUGCUCUCCCUCAGAACGGAGAUCGAGCGAACGGAAGCCGCCGGUCCCAGUGCCGCGGGUGUUUACAUCGAGCCAACCGCUUCGAUAAUCGAGGAUAGCUUGUGGCACAGCGACGAGUACUUGUUGGUCGGUGUGUUGUACGACGCGUGCAUGAUAGGGCGCGACCAACGGGGUGCGACGCUUAGUUUCGAAAUAAGCCUUGGCAACGCCGGCAACAGAAGGUUUGCGGCUCACCAACGUGCCUGCGAGGACGAGGAGGACGACGAAAAUGUUGUCGACGACUCGACACCAUCUGCUGGACCUGCAACGGGAUGUGCAAGCGCUGACAGUCAAAGUGGGACUCUCGAACAAGUGACGUCCAGUGCUGACAAUAAAUACAGCUAUAUACCUAUUGACGCUAAGAAGCCUUGUAUGUUCGUAAAGUCACAAUGGCCCAAUACCGAGUGGCGCAUGGAAAAUUCCAAUAGGCUCAACUAUAUUGCCGAUUAUCUGGAAGCCGAGCUCGAAAAGCUCGAGGCUCUCAAAGCCCUGGACCAUGGGAGCGCCUACUCGAGCUACAACGUGACCUCUCGAACUCUCCGGCGUCAGUGCGACUCCUACCUGGAGAGCUUGCGGGAAACAGCCUCGGACAGCGACAGCAGCUCGACGUGGAGCAUGACGAGCUUGGACCGACACCGGCUCAACCAUUGCGCUCUGGAGGUGGAGUCGGUCCUGCAGCGGCUAAAGGCCAACGGGGAGCUCGUGGACAACCGGUACCUCGGCAUCGCCAUGCUCCACGCGUACGACCACCUGCGCGCCAUCAGGGACCUGUGCAAGGACCCCCAGCACGGCUUGCCGGACGUGUUCGUGUGGAUGCUGAGCAGAAGGGGUCAGUUGGGGUACGCUCGACUACCCGCUGCUCGGCUGCUCUAUGCGGAGGAGCGCUCGGGCCGCGGCAGGGACUGCGGGCGAAAGCUCGACCUGUUUCUGCACAAGCCCGGUAAACCGGACGAACUGGUCUGCAAGCUCGAGCUCUUUCUCUGGCUGGGUGGUGUCAGGUACGCCGGGGCAUGCUGGGCUGCUCUGCCGCAGGGGUACGAGCUCGACGAGCUGCAGCUCGACGGCGACAGGCUCGACGUGUUCCCGAGGUAUCUGGAGUACGUGGCCGGAACGAAGUUCCAGCUGAGAGCUCACAUAUUUCAAGGGAGAUUUGAGCCGGGCAUGGACUCCUCUGGGCUACUCGACCCAAUGGUCCGUGUCAUUUUUCGGGGCUACUCCAUGACUACGACGGUUAUCAAUCAGACGCUUGAUCCACUCUGGGACCAGACGCUUAUAUUUCCGCCGGUGGAGAUCCACGGGAAGCGAGAGUACGUGAAAAAUCACCCACCAAGGGUUGUCCUCGAGGUGCUCGACAGGGAUUUUUACAGCCUUGAACUGUAUGGUAGGUUUAUAGCCAAGCCAUUGGUCAAGCUGGACGAAGAAAUGAGUGAAUUGUCAGAUACCCCGGCCAAGCUGCGCUGGCACCGAUUCGAAGCCUCGAAAACGACGAGCGCCAAGUCGUCGGACUUUGGUGCAGCUGUGCUGGCCGCCUUCGAGCUCGUCGAGAUCAACGACAAGGAGAUCCAAGAGGACAGCGUGAAGAUGUACAAGGUACCCGAAGACGUGAGGCCGCGAAUGGCGAGUUACAGGCUGGAAGUGAUAUUCUGGGGCGUCAGAGACAUGAAACGCUUGAAUUUUGUGCCAGUUCAUCGGCCAAAGGUCACUGUCAACUGUGCCGGGACGCAUGUAGAGUCCCAAGUCAUGGAAAACGCGAAAAAGUUUGCAAACUUUCGGGAGAACCGAGUGACCGUCGAUAUGGAAAUGCCGGAGGAGGAGACGUAUUACCCGCCGCUGACAAUAAAAGCCUACGACUCGCGGGGCUUUGGCUACUUCAAGUACGCAGGUGUGUGCAGCCUAGCGACGAUUUACGCCUUGAUGCAGCCUCUUGUUACGAGGAGCGAGUACGAGGCCGCCAUUUAUCAUUCCUCCUCCUCCUCCUUCUUGAAAAAGUCCCGGCUAACUGCCGCUACUGCUGCUGCACACCUGACGAUCGAUGCGAAGCCAGAAACAGCCGAGGCUGCCGCGCUGACGAGCUACAAGACUCUGGCGAAACAGCGUCGCGACUCCUCCUCGCGCGGUCACUUCCUGAAACGUCUUCUGGCCUGGCGGCGAGCGGCCUCCAGUGUUCGGAUCACCCCUGCCGCGGACAGAGACGAAUCGCAGGACUGGUGGAGCAAGUACUACGCCUCGCUUGAGGUUUACGCGGCGGAGUUAGAAGCGCAGCCAGAGUUCUCAGCUUUUCAGGACCGGUUGCGGACUUUCGAGCUUAAACGCGGCAAACGGACCGUCGAGGACGACGCCGACAACUUUGCCGGCAAAUUCAAGGGCUACAUCGCCGUUUACCGUUGGCCGCAUCCCGAAGGUCUGGCCUGCGUGAAUCGCCUGGGCCAGAGCGCCAGUUUCGGCCUCUGCAGCGACUACCCCUCACAGGAGCCAUUACAGCUGCUCGUGCGCCUGUACGUCGUCAAAGCUAUCAACCUAAGACCCAGCGAUCCCCUGAGCGGCAAGGCCGAUCCGUACUUGCGCGUCGAGUUGGGCAAGAACCGCGUCAACGAUCGCAAGAACUACAUUCCCAAUCAGCUUAAUCCGACAUUCGGCAGAGUAAUCGAGCUGGACGCUGCGUUCCCGCGGAACCACACCCUGACGAUCCAAGUCUGGGACUACGACGCGGCGAGCUCGGACGACCUGAUCGGCAAGACGGAGAUUGAUCUCGAGAAUCGAUUCUACAGCCGGCAUCGGGCCCACUGCGGUCUAGCUCUGAGGUACGACGAGGAGGGCUACAACGCGUGGCGCGACCGCGAGAAGCCCACCCAGAUACUCUACCAGCUCUGCAGGCGCAACAACCUACCCGCCCCCGAGUUCUGGCCGGACCACGUGAUAAUAGCCAAGAGAAGGUUCCACUGCUCUACCCUGCCCGAGGACGAUGUGGACCGGGAGGAGCACAUGGCACUGAGCGUCCUGCACCGCUGGGCGGACUUUCCCGUUUGCGGCUGUAGCCUCGUCCCCGAGCACGUCGAGAGACGACCUCUUUUCAAUCCCAAGAGACCCGGGCUCGAGCAGGGUAAGCUGGAGAUGUGGAUCGACAUGUUCCCAGUGGACGAGCUGCCGGCCAAACCAGCGGUCGACAUAAGCCCUCAGCCGCCCGAGGAGUGCGAGCUCCGUGUGAUCAUUUGGAACACCGAGGACGUGCCCCUCGUCGACAACCAAUUCCUCACCGGCGAAAAGUGCUCCGACAUCUACGUCAAGGGGUGGAUCCUGCCCGAGGACACGCAGCGCACGGACGUGCACUACAACUCCCUGACCGGCGAGGGCAACUUCAACUGGCGCUUAAUUUUUCAGUUCACGUGGGCGAGAGCCGAGCGGGCUAUGGUCAUCAAGCGACGUAGCCACGUGUUUGCCAAAGACCCGACCGAGCAUAAGGUGCCGUGCCGGCUGAACCUCCAGGUCUGGGACAGCGACCACUUUUCCAAAGAUGACUUUCUAGGUGACCUGAGCCUCGAGCUGGCCAACAUGCCCCGUGGAAGUCCCAGUGCCCAGAGCUGUGGCCUCAAGCUUCUCGAUCCCCAGUCACCGAGGAUGAACCUGUUCAGAGCUCAGCGGGCCAGAGCCUGGUGGCCCCUAAGCACGAGCACCCCUUCGGGAAAGUACUACCCCGCCGGAAAAAUCGAAUUGGAGCUCGCAGUGCUGCCGCUCGAGGAGGCGGAGACCCGGCCCGCAGGCAAGGGCCGCGAGCCCCCGGAAGAGCUGCCACUGCCCGACCGUCCGGACACGUCGUUCUCCUGGUUUCGCAAUCCCUGGAAGGCCUUCCGCUUCGUGUUCUUCCGCUACUACAGGUGGCGAGUGCUCGGCUGCUGCGCCUUCGUCCUUCUCGUCCUCCUGAUCGCGUGCGCCGUCUAUGCGUUCCCGGGAUACCUGGUCAAACGUCUCCUCAAAGCUUGA